AUGGGGAAGCAGAACAGCAAACUGCGGCCGGAGAUGCUCCAGGACCUGCGGGAAAACACCGAAUUCUCCGACCUGGAGCUGCAGGGUUGGUACAAGGGCUUCCUGAAGGACUGCCCCUCCGGCAUCCUCAACGUGGAGGAGUUCAAGAAGAUCUACGCCAACUUCUUCCCCUACGGGGACGCCUCCAAGUUCGCCGAGCACGUCUUCCGUACCUUCGACACCAACGGCGACGGCACCAUCGACUUCAGGGAGUUCAUCAUCGCCCUCAGCGUCACCUCCCGCGGCAAGCUGGAGCAGAAGCUCAUGUGGGCGUUCAGCAUGUACGACCUGGACGGCAACGGCUACAUCAGCCGGGAGGAGAUGCUGGAGAUCGUGCAGGCCAUCUACAAAAUGGUCUCCUCUGUGAUGAACAUGCCUGAAGAUGAAUCGACUCCGGAGAAAAGGACGGAGAAAAUCUUCCGACAGAUGGAUACCAAUAACGAUGGGAAGCUCUCUCUGGAGGAGUUCAUCAUAGGUGCCAAGAGUGACCCUUCCAUCGUGCGCCUGCUGCAGUGUGACCCCAGCGGUGCCGCACAGCUCUGA